AAAGGGAAAAAAUGGGCCAGAUUAUAUCAAAGAAGAAUUUAGAGCUACAGCAUUAACACGUUACUUCAAUCCCAGCCGAACUGAAACUCUGAAAUCCCUUUUCCCAAACGGAGAGCAAAAACAUAUCUACGUUUUCUUAUUUCAUUUUGCUCUGUGUGUGUAAAUCAAUACCCAAUAAUCUUUGCAACCUCAAAAAAACCCAUUGGGAAAGGUGAGGCCAUGCCAGGGGGCAUGCUGGUCCGCGGAGAUGGUGAUGAUAGUAAUCUUCAUCACAAUCACGAAGCUGCAGCUACUUCUUCUGCCGGGCCCAUGAUCAAGAUCGACGUCGCUUAUGGUUCGGCCCAGCAUCAACUCUUUGUCCCCUCCCAUUCCACUGUCGGGGAAUUGAAGAAACAAAUUGCUGAAGAAACGGGUUUGGAACCUGAUAAACAAAGGGUAUUAUUUAGGGGUAAAGAGAAAGAAGAUGAUGUGCAUUUGAGCUCUGCUGGUAUGAAGGAUAAAUCGAAGAUUUUGGUUUUAGAAAAUCCAACAGGCAAAGUGAAAAAGGUCGAGGAAAUGGCGAAUGUUGAAGAGAAGGUUGAAGAAUCGAUAGCUAGAAAAGAAAGUAAGGUUGAAGAGAUUAAGGAAACUGAAGAGAUGUCAAAGGCUUUUGCUGCGGUUGGUCGAGUCAGAAAAGAGGUUGACAAGCUCUCUGAAAGAGUGGCUGCAAUAGAAGUGGCUGUGAACAGUGGGACAAAGAUCGCAGCCGAGGAAUUUGAUGUAUCGGCAGAGUUACUCAUGAGAGAGUUGCUGAAAUUGGAUGGAAUUGAAGCUGAAGGAGAAGCUAAGUUACAACGGAAGGCUGAGGUACGUCGUGUCCAAGGUUUCCACGAGACACUGGACAAAUUGAAAACCAGAAAUUCUAAUCCAUUUCACGACAGUAACAAAGCUGCCUCGGUGACAACGAAAUGGGAGACAUUUGACUCUGGAAUGGGAAGCUCGACUGCUCCACCACCACAACCUAUGUCAUCGUCGACAAAAGUUACAGAGGAGUGGGAAAAGUUUGAUUAGUUACUAUCUGCUCCAUUCUUUGGCCUAUAAAAACUUAACUGCAGAACAUGAUAUAUGCAGCAUGCAGGGCUAUUAUGUAAUGGUUUUUGGUGCGGCAUUUAUUUUAGUUUUCAAGUUGAGAAUAUUUUUUACUUUCCUUGAAUGUCCAGAUUACUAUUGCUUGGGAUAUAAUAUAAAAUACUUAAAACUGCUUAGUCUUGUAAUGAAA